AUGACUAUACGCGUCCUUCGCAAUCUUCUCGUCUUCCACUACGCCAUCUACGAAAGCUUCCGUAUACGCAGACUUCGACUUCACCACCCCAUGUUCAAUUUCCAGAAAGGUCUGUACCCACAUCCGAAAUAUGUUACCCUCGCGGCUGUGCUUGGCGGACAGCGCCUCAGUUCCAUCAAGAUCGGAGCGCUCGGCGAGCUUCGCUACUUGCUCCUCCACCCAUACCAGUCCAGCCUCCAGAUUCCGGAGUGGUUUCGCCAGUUGAGAAAGCGUGAGUUCACAUUCGGCUUCCAGUACGCGAAGUUGAUCGACGUCCUCCGGAGCGGUGCCUCUUGA